AUGCACCCAAGCCCCACCCAACCCAGGCCCCAUCCAACCCAGACCCCAUCCAACCCAGGCCCCAUUCAACCCAGGCCCCAUCCAACCCAGGCCCCAUCCAACCCAGGUCCAAUCCAACCCAGGCCCCAUCCAACCCAGGCCCCAUCCAACCCAGACCCCAUCCAACCCAGACCCCAUCCAACCCAGACCCCAUCAACCCAGACCCCAUCCAACCCAGGCCCAUCCAACCCAGGCCCUAUCCAACCCAGGCCCUAUCCAACCCAGGCCCCAUCCAACCCAGGCCUCGCCCAACCAGUUUCCAUUCAACCAAUCUCCUUCCAACGAGUCUCCACCCAACCAGACCCCUCCAACCCAGUCCCUAUCCAACCCAGGCUCCAUCCAACCCAGGCCCCACCCAACCCAGGCUCCACCCAACCCAGGCCCCACACAACCCAGGCCCCACACAACCCAGGCCCCAUCCAACCCAGGCCCUAUCCAACCAGGCCUCGCCCAACCAGUUUUCAUCCAACCCAGGCCCCAUCCAACCCAGGCCCCAUCCAACCAGGCCUCGCCCAACCAGUUUCCAUCCAACCCAGGCCCCAUCCAACCAGGCCUCGCCCAACCAGUUUCCAUCCAACCCAGGCCUCGCCCAACCAGUUUCCACCCAACCAGUCUCCUUCCAACGAGUCUCCACCCAACCGGACCCCUCCAAACCAGGCUCCAUGCAACCAGACCCCAUCCAACCAGAACUCCCAUGCUUCAUUUUGCAUCCAUGAAACCCUUGAAAAAUAUCAUUAA